AUGGAUGCUCUUAUUGAAAAUCUCAAGACACAUGAGAUGAACAAAAGUCAUGAUUUGUCAAAAAGGGAAGCCAAGAAGGAUAAGUCUCAAAUGUUAAAAUUCAAGCGUGAAGAAGAAUCUAGUGAAGAUAAUGAUAUGGCUUAUCUCACCAGAAGAUUUCAGAAGUUCGUGAGAAAAAACAAGGGAUUCAGAAAGGGAGGAAAUUUUCCAAGAGCUGUUACUUCCAAUGACACCUGUCACAAGUGUGGAAAGGCUGGACAUUGUAUAAGGGAUUGUCCAUUACUCAAGGCUGAAAACAAAGAAUACCAAAGACCAAGAUCUGAUUAUGUAGUAAAGAAAGCUCUUGCUGCAUGGGGAGAUUCUUCAAGUGAGUCAGAAGAUUCUGAAGAACCCAAUGAUGCUUCAAUGGUGGUGGUUCAUGGUGAAGAUAAUGUAUUCAAUGAAAUGUUUGCUUUCAUGGCUCAGUCAGAUGAGGUAGAUGAGGAAGAUAAGGUAACUCUUCUUGAUUUUAAGCAAAAUCUGAAUACUUAUACUCUUAAAAGACCGAGAAGAUUAGCAAAUGUUUUGAUUGAUUCUGUAAUGGACUUAACUUCUGAAAGAGAUUCCAUGAAUCUUGAUUUUGAAAGUCUGAAUGAAAAUAGAGAUAAAAUGGGUGAGAAAAUGAAAAGGAAAGGAGAGUCUACUAGUUUACAAAUUGAACUGGAAGAGAAUUUGAAAACUACUGAGACUAAACUUGCUUUAGCAUUGGAAAGGAACGAUAGCUUAGAAAGAGAUCUUGUCAAACUUAAGAAGGAACUUACUAAUAUCCUUAAAUGGAUAAAAUCCUCAAAGUUGCUAUCUAAUGUGACAAAUCAAAGCAACUACAGCAAAAAGGGUCUAGUGAGCGAGAGGAGUAGUAGUCAAUGUUGGUACAUGUAUAGUGGAUGCUCCAAACAUAUGACUGGAAACAUAAAAAAAUUCCUCUUGCUCAAGGCACUUCAAGGUGGAGGUGUCUCUUUUGGUGAUGGAAAGAAGGGAUAUAUUUUAGGUGUUGGAAAAGUUGGAAAAUUAGUUGAAGAACCCAUUGAAAAUGUGUAUCAUGUCAGUGGGUUGAAGUGUAAUCUUCCGAGUGUUUCCCAAAUAUGUGACAAGGGAAAUGAAUUUGUAAGAAGCAACGUAUGGUACCUGGUCCCAAGACCUGUUGACAGAACAGUUAUAGGGACUAGGUGGGUGUUCAGAAAUAAGCUUGAUGAGAGAGGUGUUAUUAUAAGUAAUAAAUCUAGAUUGGUUGUUCAGGGAUAUAAUCAGGAAGAGGGCAACUAUGAUGAAACAUUUGCGCCAGUUUCUAGAAUGGAGGCUAUCAGAAUUUUUAUAGCCUUUGCUAAUUUCAUGGGAUUCAAGUUGUACCAAAUGGACGUCAAAAGUGCUUUCUUAAAUGGAGACUUGAAGGAAGAGGUGUUUGUUAAACAACCUCCUAGUUUUGAAGAUUCUGAGCUACCAAAUCAUGUGUCAAAUUUAUUAAGGCCUUGUAUGGGUUAA